AAUACAGUUAGCGGCCCCCAAUAAUGAUACCAAUCGCCGUCCCAACUCGCCUUUCCUCUUCCCUUCCCCCCACCGGGCGAUCGCCCGUGCCAAGCUGUCUCAUCGAGGAUCCUGGUGAGGGAUUUUCUGUCGGCCCUGGUCUGCCCUCGUUCACCCGAGGUUCAAGGAUAGCAGCAGUAGCACCCUCCUCCAUCCAACAUCCCAGUCGCGCAUCGGACCUCCGCGGUCGAGGUACUUGCUGCAGUAGCGGACAUCGAUCGCACAACGCCUUUGCAAAUGGAGAUGCUCGUGCUGCCAGCAGCAUUGCCAAGAGACCACCAAGAAGUGUUGUCAUUGGCACUACACGUAUGUACCUGCCCCCACGGGCGGGAGGAAGCUCCGACUGUUCAUCGGAGAUCCCAAUCGAGUACGAGGAUGCGCCAUCGUCAUUCGUCAACGGUCUAGCUACAAAGCAGCUAGCUGGGCUGCGUACGUUUUCUCAAACCUCGCCGAGCUCCAACGCUCUGACGACAACCACUAAAGAGCUACUGCAGGAGCUUUAUCGUCCUUACCUUUUUGACACCUCCGGAGAAGACUUGCUGGCUUGUAUGAGAGAUUUUCUAAACCUCAUUUCCAUUCCGCACCCGCGCACGCGCGCGCCCCAGCGUGCCACCGUGGCAGCUAACCCACCAUCUAUUGAUGACGCGCCGUGCUUUGCAGAACUGCUUCUGCCCAGUGACCAGCAGAAUCCGAUAAAUCGGUUAGUUAGUUAGUUAGUUUGGUUGCAUUGUAGCAGUGCAAUUGCCCUUUGGUUAUUCUUCCGGGCUGCUGUGCGUAU